AUGUUCUCUCUUUCAGCAGCAAAGUGUUGUCCUUUGUUCUUCCAGAAAAUCAGUACACAUAAAGUCUUUGCAAGAGGAAUCUUGUUUUUCUACGCUUCAUCUCCAUGUCGACGAUAUGGUACGGGAGUUGAUCUUUACAGGUCUUCCAAGCAGUUAAGUGAGUACAUGAAAAUGGGAAGAAUUCGCAACGCACAGAACCUGUUUGACGAAAUUAUUGAGAAGAACGUUGUGGCAUGGUCAAUCAUGGUCCACGGGUACUCCAAGAACGGUUUUUAUGAAAAAGCGUUAGAAUUUUUUACUGCAAUGCGAAAUUCCGGUAUAGUACCCAAUUCUUUUACCUUUGUGGGGGUUCUUGUAGGUAUCUCUGGGUUGGAGGACAUGGCACUUGCCCGAGUCGUUCAUGGGCUGAUAGUGAAGACUGGGUGGGAGUUUAAUUCAGUUGUGGCUACUGCGCUACUUGAUACUUAUUCAAGGUGUCGGUUCAUAGGUGACUCUUACAAGGUUUUUGAUACUAUAAGAUUGGAAAGUGUGGUUCCAUGGAAUGCAAUGAUGAGUGGAUUUGUGUAUAAUGAGCUUUUUACAGAGGCAUUUUGUCUGUUUAAUCGAUUCCGGGAGUCUGGUUUUGCCCCUAAUUCUGUGACAGUAAUGAUCCUUACCCAAGGCUGUGUUGCCAUGAAAUCUAUGCAUCUUUGUGAAUCAGUUCAUAGUGUUUGUAUUAAAUUUGGUCUUGUUCAUGAUAUAGAGGUUAGCAAUGCACUUCUUUCCAUGUAUUCAACUUUGACAGACUUACAUGUGGCUGCAGAAGUGUUCAAUGAAAUGGAAGAUAAAGAUGUUAUUAGCUGGUCAACAAUGAUGAGCUUAUUGGUCCGGCAUGAAUAUGUGUCUGAUGCUUUAAAGCUUUUCUUUCAAAUGAAAGGUUUUGAGGCCAGUUAUGACACCGGUGUCCUAGUGAAUCUCAUUUCAGCUUGUGGACUUCUGGGAAAUUUAAAAAUGGGGAAAUCUGUUCAUGCUCAGACUAUCAUUAAUGGUUUUGAAUCGAACAUUCAUCUGGCUAAUGCCAUCAUUACAAUGUAUGCAAGAUUUGCGGAUUUAGAUUCCUCUACAACUUUGUUUGAUCAAUCAACUAUGAAGAAUGUGGUUUCAUGGACAUCUAUGAUUUCAGGGUUUCUGCUUAACAGGAGGCCAAGGGAGGCACUUGAUAUAUUCAUUGGUGCAAGAAAGGAAGAAGGUUUCUCUGCUGAUCCGAUAAUUUUGGUAAAUACGCUAACUGCAGCAGGUGAACUAGGUGUAUUGGACCUUUGCAUGCAGCUCCACUGUUAUGGUUUUGUAGCUGGAUUUAUAAAUUAUAGAUGUGUGCCAAAUUGCCUCAUAUCAGUUUAUUCAAAGUGUGGGAAUGUGGAACUUGCACAUAGUGUUUUUAUGCAUAUGAGCUGGCUGCGCAAUAUUAUUUCUUGGAAUGCUCUUAUUUAUGGGUAUGGGAUCAAUGGCCAUGGAGAGACUGCUCUAUCUCUAUAUAACGAGUUUAGGAAGUGUGGAGGAAUACCUGAUGCUGCUACGUACCUGUGUGUAUUGAGUGCUUGUAGUCGUGCAGAAAUGAUAAAUGAAGGUUUGAUGAUUUUCAGUAAGAUGCUGGAAGAAGAUGACAUAAGAGUUUCUGAAGAGCACUAUGGAUGUGUUGUUGAUUUGCUGGCUCGGGCAGGUUACUUGUCUGAUGCCAGUGAAUUAAUGGACGGUAGAGAUCAAAAUGCUUGGAAGGCUUUACUGAAUGGCUGUGUGCUUCAUGGUGAUAUGAAAUUGGCAGAGGUUGCUGUAAGAAGGUUGCAUGAACAGGCCGAGGCAGACCCUGAGCAGGCUGUGCUUCUGUCGAAUCUUUAUGCAUUAGUUGGGAGGUUUCAGGAUGCUGAAGCCUUGAGGUUGAACAUGGUGGGGAAGAAAUCGAUGAAAGAUCCAGGGUUAAGCUUUCUCAGUGGUAAUCUAUAUAAUGGUGGUUGACAUCCAUGUUACCGAUCAACUAGUACAACAGCUGUGAUCUAACGUUGUAAACAUGGAUGCUGUUUAAAAAGGGUGUUGUUGAAGCGUGCAGACAUGAACCUCAGCAGAGGAUGCUCGAAAGGAACAAAUCCGCAAUCAACUAUGUCACAUUGCCAAAGCAACCUCUACCUUCUUGCUGGUGUUUCUUGGGCUUAUGUUUGACAUAAUGGCAAAACUCAGGCGCCGACCUUCAAACGUUGUUGGCCGGAAGAUGUGUAAAGGUGGCAUUUGCUGGCAUGAUUGUUCCCAAGUCUGCAUUGUGUAUGACUACUAGAGGUAAAUGGUGAAAAUCAAGAUUAAAAUAUUUAUUGGCUACAAUGAGAGAAUAAGAGAAGAAAGAACAAGUUGGAGGGUUGUGAUUAUUCUGGUGCCAAUUGGGGUGCUGGUUGAAUUAGUCUCAUGGAUAUUUGAUUACUCAGUUCAACAUUGUAAACAAUUAUUGUGUGUUUGCAAUUUACUAUACAACUUGGGAACUUUUUCUGUAA